AUGCUCAAGUUCUUAGUGCUAGCAGUUUGUCUCCAGGCAUUUCCUUCAGUCACUGAAUGUUUCUUAGAGGGCUUUUACAAACGGGAGAUUGUCAUAGACACUGGAACUCAUAUUAAAGUCUGCAAACAAGCUCCUUUGGAGAUCGGAAUCGUGCUUGACUCGUCCAGCUCUAUCCACCCGAGAGACUUCCAGACGGCCAAAGCUUUCCUCGAAGAUUACCUCAAACAUUUCGACAUAGGAUCGGGGCAGGAGGGAGUUCGAGUUUCUAUUAUCACGUAUGGCAAGGGGAUCUACCCCGAGGAUGGCUUUGAUCUAACUACCUAUAACACCCUAGAGGAGGUCCUGGCAGCGGUCCGGCGAAUCCCUCACCGAGCUGGACUCUACACGGACACGGGCAAGGCCAUCCAGUACAUGCACGAGGUGCAGCUGGCCAAGGGUGUGGUUCGGCCAUGGGCGGAGAAAAUUAGUGUUGUCAUCACAGAUGGCAACUCGCAGCAGUGGAGACUGACCAAAAAGGCAGCCGAGGAAGCGAGAAAUGACGGGAUCAUCAUCUUUGCAAUCGGUGUGGGUGAGGGAGUCAGAGACGAGGAACUGUUGAACAUCGCUGGUGACCAGUCAAGGGUGACCAAAGUGAAGAACUACGACCAGCUGGACUCCAUCAAGGAAAUACUGGCCAGGAAGACUUGCAUUGAAAAAGAGAAGCCAACAACAACGCCUCCGCCCAAGACACAGAAAUGUGGUGAGAUCAACCCCACCGAUGUCUACUUCGCCUUCAGCCCCGCUGAGCUUGGAGUAGAGGCUACAGCCUGGGCCACAUCCUUCAUCUCCAACACAAUCAGUGGGAAAGACCUGGAUGUUGGCUUCCGGUUUGGCGUUGUGUCGGGAUCCUGUCCUGAUGACGAGGGAUUUGACCUCGACGACUACAGCACCGUAGAGGAAUACAGAAACAGGCUGAGACAGUAUGAAACCAGUAAACUGUCCCUGCUGUCUGAGCGUUUGUUGGGUGGAGCCUACGGUGUGGAACGUGGUGGUAGAGUUGGGGCAGGCAAGGUGGCGGUGAUUAUCACCAAUGGAUACGGCCUUGAGGACGAGGAUCUUAGCGCCCACGUGUUUCGGCUGAAGGAGAAUGGGGUCACGGUUAUCAUCGCGGAUGCUUCGGGAGAGGGAGUCGAUGUUUACGGCGCUGUGGUCUUGACCGGUCGAUCCUCCAGGCUUCAGUCGGAGACCUUGGUCAGCCUACUCUGUCCGCAGUGA